AUGUUUCUUUCUGUCUUUCCCUGUAUUUCUUUCUUUAAUUCUCUGUAUUUUAUGACUUCAUACUGUUUCAUUUCUCUCCUUCCCUCUCUCUUACUUUCCAUCUUUCUUUCUUUCUUUCUUUCUUUCUUUCUUUUCCGCCGCUAUUUCUCUCUCUCUUUCUUUCUUUCUUUCUUUCUUUCUUUCUUUCUUUCUUUCUUUCUUUCUUUCUUUCUUUCCAUUCUCUGUAUUGAGUAUCACUUGUUCUUCUUUUUCCCCUUCAAUAUUUCUUCUUUUUUGUUUUUUGUUUUGUUUUAUCCUUAUCUUUUUUCUUAUUUUUUCCUCUUCGUCUCACACGCCUUUUAUUACAAUUCUUUAUUUUCUAUUCUUCUUACAUUUACUCCUCUUGCUAGUUCAUUACUGAUAAUUCCUUAUCCGUUUUUUGUUGUUGAUGUUGUUGUUGUUGUUUUGUUGUUCUUCUUCUUUUCUUCUUCUUCUUCUUGCUCGUUGUUGUUUUACCCUUUAUUUUGCUUCUUUUCCUUUUAUUGUUAUUUUUUACUCUUCUUUCUUAUUCUUUUCUUCUUCGCCUCACACGCCUUUUAUUGCAAUUCUUUAUUUCCUAUCCGUUUUUUUCUAGUUCUUUUUUUUCUUUUUCUUUUCUUUCUUUUCAUUUCUUUCUUUUUUUAUUUCUUGUGUUUUUCGAUUUCCACUGUUUUUUCUUUUUAUUCUUUGUUCAUAUUUUAUCUUCUUCUUCUUCUUCUUCUUCUUCUUCUUAUUAUUAUUAUUAUUAUUAUUAUUAUUAUUAUUCUCCCCAUCCUUCUCCUUCUUCUUGGCUUCCACAGAUUCUUUAUUACUUUCAGUUUUUUACACUUUCUUCUUUUUUUCUUAUCCUUCUUUUCCUCCUCCUCCCCCUUCUUCUUCUUCUGCUUAUUAUUAUUAUUAUUAUUAUUCUCCUAUUUUACAUCCUCCUCCUCCUUCUUUGUCUUGGCUUCCACAGAUUCUUCUUCUUAUUUUCUAUUACUUUCAGUUUUUGACACUUUGUUAUUGUUGCUGUUGUUGUUGUUGUUCUUCUUCUUCUUCUUCUUCUUCUUCUUCUUCUUCUUCUUCUUCUUCUUCUUCUUCUUCUUCUUCUUGCCUUCCACAGAUUCUUCUUCUGAUUCUCUAUUACUUUCAGUUUUUCACACUUUCUUCGUCGUCUUCUUUUUCCUUUUAUUGUCUUCUUCUUUCUAUAUUCCUUCUUACCUUCAUUUUCGCGCCAUAUAUUUAUUAUCUUUGACAGAUAUCAUCACCUUAAUUCGCUUUCGCCUUUUUAUUCUCUAUUUCUUUCUAUGUUUCUCUUUUUCUCUCCAUUCUCUUUUUCCUUCUUCCCGCUGUUUCUUUUCCUGA